AUGGACCUUCUGGCGUUACUAUGCAUUCCUGGAGUCGAUUCUACAGAUCGAUUUAUACCUUGCAGCGAAUUCCCCUCCGGGGCCGGAGACAAUGCAUCGUGUUUAGAUACCCCUCUUUCUUUCUGUUUAGAGUUUCCUUUCCUUUAUUGUCUGCGCGUUCUGUCUAUGUGCACUCUAAUGCAUUCGAAGAUGCCAAUCGGGGACAAACGAUGGGUUCGUUUGGAGUCAGUGACGUUCUUAUCUCGAUUCACUUCGUUCUGUGUCUUCCAAUUCUGCGGUUUACCUCAUUUUCUACUUCCAUUAAUUGCAAAUGGGCAUGCAUACAUCGGUGUUGGGUUCUUGCUUGGAUCAUACAGUGACAUGGAAUGA